ACCGCCGUAACAUCGCAUUAAGUGCAUUUAGAUUGCACUCUGUGGAAAAAGUAGUGGGAGGCGCGACCCGACAACGUCGAGGAUCUUCUUCGCGUCGCUGUUCACCACUCAGUCACUCAACGGCUGUCGUUUCCGUAGUGCGGUUGCGUUCCUCCACUUCCGGUAUUACGUAGGCGAUUUGUUGAUAUAGUCGUAUUGUUUAGUCGUCUUGGUUACCGGCCGUACAGUUGAAUCGAUAGACCGCAAGUUCCUCUGUGUUUGUGACUGCCGGCAGAACAUGAUUUCGGAAUUUUGAUACGUUUCUGGACUAACAAAUUAACUUUAUCGCUCGCGAAGCAGACGAAGAUUGAAGACAUGGCGGGAAUUGCGCUGAGUUUGAUAGCUGUCGUGGUAACCGUCCACGGAUUGCAACUGAACGAGGGCGCCUACGAAGAUUUGGUGAUCAAAAUCGCAGACAACGUGCCGGACAAGGAUUGCAGGAUCGUCCUGGAGAAUCUAGAGGGAACCCUGACAAGUGCGUCGCAGUAUCUGUUUUCCGCACUCGACAGCAGGGCCUACUUGCGAUCGGCAACUGUCUUACUUCCGGCAGCUUGGCCAGACUCAUGCGCACCGUCAGCAGUACACGGCGCCUCCGGGGAAACCUCCGACAUCACCGUCUUGCCCUCGAACCCCCUGAUAGGCAAAAUCUACACGCAACAGUCAUUGGGCUGCGGUCAACCUGGCGACCAAAUUUAUCUCAGCUACUCGAGCCUGCAGGAGACUGAUAACACGCUCUCUAGACUACUGAUCAAAGAGUUCGCGAUGUAUAGAUACGGCGUGUUCGAAGAGCAGGGGUAUCACAACGAUCCCAUCUACCCGAUGUGUUACUACGACGACAAGGUGAAAAAACCUAAAGCUACUGGUUGUUCCGAUCUCCCUUUGAUCGACGAUGGCUUGUGCUCGUCUGAUUCCGCGUAUAAUUUGACGGAAAUCGUCGACCCUAAGGCGAGGUCUUCAAUUAUGUUUGCCGCCGAAGCGCCGUCCGUCUCCAUGUUCUGCGACGAGGGUAACCAUGACAGGUUCGCGCCCACGAAACACAACCUGCUCUGUCAACGACGUAGUGUGUUAGACGUCAUCAUCAAUCACCAGGACUUUGCCCAGAACAAUCAGCAGAACAACUUUAGCGGCAAUCAAAUAACCGAUACGACUCCCAAAAUCACGUACAAGAAGCAAAACCUCACUAGGUUCCUGUUCGUCAUCGAAGACACCAAAGACAUGCUGCAGAGGGAGUCGUGGUUCUAUCUACGUUUAGCAAUAAGGCAAUGGGCGAUCUACGUGCUUCCUGGCAACACGGAAGUCGGCCUGGUUUUAUUCAACUCGACAACGCCCAAUAGGGCUCUGAAUAUCCUCCCCAUUAGCGGCAGUAAUGGAAAAUCGUUCACCACUACCACGAAUAGGGAAAGUUUCUAUUCAGCGUUACCGUACACACCCAGCGAAUCUAUGGAGCCAGGGUGCCUGGAUUGUUCUUUGAAACAAGCCUUGGAAAUGUUGAAUGAACGAACGAAAACCAACGGGCCCGCCAACAACGUGAUCGUCGCUAUAGCUCCGGGUAUGAACCUUGACGACAACCUCAAAGAGACCGCGAAGCGACUGAAGGCGAACGGAGUUAAAGUCGCUUCCAUCAAUUAUCCAAACAUCGUUCGACCCAGCACUUUGAGGUACCUGGCGGACGAGACGGGUGGUGUGGAUUACACGAUUUUCGAAAAGAAGUUGAACGUCGACACCACUCUGCUUACCACCUAUUUCGAGUUCCACAGCGUCCUUUACGAUAUCGUGCAGAGGUUCUACUCCGGUAGCCAAGCCGAUCUUCCCGUAGAGAUUCAUCGGCGCGAAAUCAUAGACGACGGCCGAACUUCAGUGACGGGUAGCUUCGUUAUGGACCCCAGCAUGUCCGAGCCGGCUCAGUUUACGUUCUACACACACAACACGGUCACUCCGCUCAUCAAAGGCCUGAAACUUAUCAGUCCGAGUCAUCAGGUCUACUCCAGUAGAACCGACAAACUGCUCGACUUCAAGAUGAUCACGUUAAACGCGAAUUGGUCGGAGAGCGGCAUCUGGACUUACACCGUGGAACCCUAUCCCGGCAAUCCUCAGCCUCAUUUCCUCCAGAUGAGGGCAACACCAGUUUCGGUGCUCGCCUCAGUUGUCCGCGCCAGUUUUAGAACCCAUCGAAGCGCCGGAGGUCCUUUGGUGUUAUUAGUAGAAGCCAAGUAUGGCGACAUGCCGAUAUUGGGAGCGAAGGUUGAAGUGUUAGUGACCAAGAAGCCGCUCAACGGAACCGCUCUACAGGACACUAAAAUCGAGUUGUUGGAUACCGGGGCGGGUGAUCCGGAUAUCACGAAAGGCGACGGCGUUUACACGAGAUAUUUCAGUGCGAACGAGCCUGGUUUAUAUACCUUCGAAGCGGUUGUCACCAACAACGAUAACACAGCCUAUACGUGGAGUUCGUCGAUUAACUAUGAAGAUAAACCCUGCUGUGGUAGUUCGAUCAGUAGCAACGGCGUUCAACUGAUUUCGCCGUUCCAAAGGAUCUUGACCAAAUCCACCAUCAUGAUCACCGCUGAAGACAUUGAAGCGGCGAGUUUGGUAACUGUCGGUCGUAUCGGAGAUUUAAAGGUCGAGGUCAUUCCGGCCGACAUGAAAGCUAGACUAUCGUGGACAUCUCCCGAUAUGGGCGGCCACACCGUCACCAGAUACGAAAUCAAAUACGCCCAUUCGGUCACGGAUAUUUUGGACAAAUUCGAAACGUCCGCCGUCGUCUGGGAAACAGGAUCAUCGCCUUAUCCAUUGGAUCCUGGAUCUGAGACCACGUUCACGAUAGACCUGGCUCAGAACAAGCAACUACUGGAUAAGCCCCUGUACUUCGCGGUGAAGGCCUACGGCAAAACCGGAGCGAACUUUUCGGGUCCCAUAUCCAACUAUGUGCGCGUAUUUGUCCCGUCUCCUCCCCCACCGCCGACCAUCGCCCCGACUUACAUACCCAACGAGUCGUUCUGGCCGAACAAUGGAAACAACGUCGGGAUCGAUCCGGUACGACCUACCGUAGCGAGAUCGAUGUCCGUGGGCAUAGAACUUAUCCUUCCGGUCGUCAUCGGAAUUGUUCUACUCCUCGCAUUAUUGGUGGUCUACUGUUACUUCUGCGUCGUCCGAAAACGUACUGUUUCAAAUCACAAAUCCACCAAAGCCAACGGUAUCAAAAAAGACAACCUAAACUCGACGAUCACGAUAGUACCGAGUACUCCCCAAAACGUCGCACCUCCCCAGGUCCAAAACUACGCUUCGGACGUUCCCGAUCCGCACCAAGUAGGUGUCCCUGUCAAUAAUUAUGGCUACGAAGACGAAACCAAGAAGCGAUACUCUCUGGUCAACCAACAGGAGCAGCAACUGAUUGAGGAACUCAAACAACAACAACAGCACCUACACCAACAACGCGAGAAUCUACCACCAAGUUACGCGGGGCUGAGCGUCAUCUCCAACAACACCAUCAACCGGAAUGGUCAGCCUUUGAGCCCCUACAACUCUUGGAGCGCGUCGCAGUUGUUACACGAGCAUGAGAGGAGGUACAGCCCGAUGGAUAACAUGAUGAGCGAGGAACCAAUGCUGAUGCACCCGGAAGUUGUGAUGGCCGGAGCUCAGAUGGAACAUAUGUCGAUGAACGGUCAGAGUAUGGAUCACGUGAGCAUAAACGGUCAUCAGAUCGCUGAGCAUUACGGUCCGAACCAUCUACCCCCACCGGUACCGCCACUGCCGGCUUUCAAUAACGGGUACCCCGUCAAUUUUAAUAUCUACGGCGUACAUCAAGCUCCGCCUCAGCAGAAUCAGAUCUAUCAGAGCGUUCAAAGGACCGAACAGGUGCCUUUUAAUGCGAGCUUGCAGGGUUCCAUGACGUCUGUCAACAGUGGAGAAAAGAAACGCAGGAAUGUGACGAUGGUAUAACAAUACGUGGUCAUAAAAACACUGAGUGUCGAAGAGAGUGACAGUAGUCAUAGGAGCUACGUAUGAAUUUGUAGAGUGACCUAGAAGCUACCUGUGAAUUUCUAUUGUUGUUGUACAUUAUUUUCGUGUAUAUACAUUAUUUUUUGUACUAGUCAGAGGCUCAACAUGGCGGCACUGCGGUGCCCCUGCACGAUCGGUAAUACAAGCCAGUACUUAAGUAUUAUAUGACUUCGUUUAGGAAUAUAUUGUUUUAUUUUUUUGUUGGUUUUAUCAUGGAAAGACUGAUCUCACUUUGUUAUGUGUGGGAUUAAUUUUAAAGGUACUUUGCGUCUACUUAAUUGUGUAAAUAAUGUUCGGUAGUGCUGUUUAAGCAAACUAAAUGUACAAAUGUUUGUAGUGUUAGUGAUUUCUAUGCCAGUAAAUUUAU